AUGGCCACUGGCGCUCCCGCUGCUGCCAUUUCUGCUUCUCAGCUGGAUCGUCUGGCUGCUCCCCCGACGUUCGCUUCCCAGGACCCCGCUCACACCACAGGGCGCAGCAAGGGCGGCAAGGGUGGCUUCAUCCCGCGCAGGCGGACUGAAGAUGCCUGGACCAAUGACGACUACUUGCGCCAGAUCUGCAGGGACGAGUUCGACUCCAUGCGCGCCUCAUUCACCGAGACCGUGGGAGCUGCAGUUGGCAAAACGGUGGCCAACAGCCACGACGCCCUCUGUCUCAGGACGCAGGUCACGGCCCAGUCCACCUCCAUGGACCAGCAGCAGGAGCAGGCUGCUAUUCGCCCGCAGGGAAACCGCCUCGACCAUCACGGCGCCGAGUGGGUGCGCAUGCGGUCUGAGCUCGACGAGUUUCACAAGUUUCCUGCUGUUGCUGACCAGCGCCCUGUGGCUCCUGUGGCGGUCCCCAACGGCUUCCACCGCGACCCUGGCGACACCGGCCUGGUGGCCGUGGCCCAGCGCGCGACUACGCGCGAGGCCGCCUCCAAGGCUAUGUCCGACUACCUCUCCAAGCUCUCCUCCACGCCCGAGGAGUGCAUGACUGAGGCGCGUGGCCAGGCCCCCACCGAGCGCUUCGAAAUGCAGCUCCACGGCAUGGUCGGCCAAGCCGCGAGGAAGGUAUUCCGCCCCCUCCCGAACCUCAAGCAAGGCGGCUCCUGGCGCGAGUUCACCGCCGCGGCCCCUGGCUCCGACGCAGGUGCGCGCUUGCCCCGACAAGCUCCCCGAGCAGGUCAAGACGGGGUCAUCUUGCGCCGCUGCCGCGCGGCCGUCGCCGACGCCAUUCCUGGCAAUAUCGAGCGCUACAGCGACCGCGAGAGGGGCAUCCUCUCCAUCGGCUGGGACAGGGUGCUUCGUGUGGAAGUGCGCCCUGGGGAUUAUCCUUCUUCUCUGUUCUGGAACCCUGACCGCCUCUCCAAGCACGGGCACUCCAAGGACGCCCUGGCGCAGGCGACCGCCGCCAUCGCGGCCCCGCAACGCCUGGCAGCGGUCCACGGGGACUCCAACUUCUCGAGCAAGGAUGCGCUCACCCUGGGCGAGACGAUCUCAAUUGACGCCGUGGACUGGGCGCAUGCUCGGCAGGCGCCCCGCGGCGAUGCGUCGGCGGCGCUGCAGGCGCUCCUGGCCCGGAACUUGCUCGGGGAGAGGGCACUCGUUCUGCCGACCGGGUCGGGGUGCUUGGGCCGCGCGACGCCGGUCGCCGCCCCCUCCCGCGCCAGCGGGGCUCCGUACUUCGACGCAACCUCUGGUCUCGACGCCCCUGAGCUCGAUGCUCGUGCUCGACAGCUGCCGCUGACGCCGCCGCUCUCUCGGGAUCCCCCCCCCUCGUUCCCCCUGGACUUCCGCCGGGCCUUCCCGCCCCUGGGCCAGGAGCUAGUGUUUUUCAUCCUUCGGCACCUCGGGGCCCCAGAGCCCUUCGUCACGUCUGCGAACUCCGCAGUCCUGGAGAUUGACGCCAACACCGAUAUCGGCGUGGGUGGCCUCGUGCCGGCCUGCGCGGGCGACGCCGGCGGCGUCGCCGCGCGCGUCGCCGGCCUCUCGCAGGGCGUCCGCGCAGUGAGCCGUUCUGGCCCGCCUGGGUCACAAGGGCGCGCGCUCGGCACGCUCGCCUCCAAGGCUCUCUACCUCGACCUCUGGAAGUCUGGGCCCUUCGUGGCGACCCCCGCUGCCGCCGGCGCUGGCGACGCUCUGCAUCCCCUGGCGUCUGAGGGACACGCUGCGACACGAUUGCCGCUGCCGUCGUCUCCGUGCUGCGCCGCGUGCCGCGCUGGCUCGUCCUUUCUGCCGGUUUUGGCUCGGUCGGGGCUCGUGCCGCACUCGCGGCCAGCGCGCGGCUUCCUGGCUGCUGCGCGCUCGAGGCACCACGCCCCGAAGACGUUCGACGACUGGCCGCUCGCCGACGAACCGACGUCCUUACCGCGCGUGGGCGGGCCUUCGCUCCGUGCGCAUGGCCCAGCCGAGACCGCGCACUCGGCUGGAGCGCUGGGUCGUGCAGCCGCGGCCAGCUUCGUCGACCUGCCCGACUUCUUCGACAGAGACGGCCUCCCCGACGACGACAUCCUGCCGCUGCGCGCCCGCCCCCUUCGAAGGAUGUGGCUCCGGGUCGACGAGGGCGCGGCAGAGAUGAGUGUCACGCCUCACGGGGUGAACAAGCUGUUUACCGCGUGGCGCCCCCGAGCACUGCCAGGGGCCACUGGCGAGCUGCCAGGCACGGCGGACCCACCGACCGAGGCCUGGGAGGGCGCCGGCGGCGAGGCUAGCCCCGCUGCCCUGCAGUGCUGGCAGUGCCGCUCCAUAUGUUUCCACGGUCAGGACUCCAUCGAGUGGCGAACGGUUGCGGACUCCGUUGCAAUCGAUGGUGGAGGCUCUGCGGGCGGCCGCGCGGCUCACGAGCUGGACCGCGCGCUCGUCCGGGAGGUCCUCUGCCACCGCUGCGGGGCCAGGCAGCCAGCGGGCGAGGCGUGCCAGCAGUGUGGAGAGGUCUUCGGAGCCUACUUCUGCGGCGCCUGCAACUUCUGGGACGACGAGGGCCCGCAGAAGGCGGUGUUCCACUGCGCACAGUGCGGCAUUUGCCGUGUCGGCGGACGUGAGAAUUUCUUCCAUUGCGACACUUGCGGCAGCUGCUACCCGAACGAGAUCCGUGACACGCACGUCUGCGUGGAGAACGCCAUGCGCCAGAACUGCCCAGUUUGCCUGGGGGACCUGUUCCAGUCCACUUCUCAGGUUACGAUCCUGACAUGUGGCCACACCAUCCACCAGGACUGCCUCAGGGAGCUGCAGAUGUCCUGCGCGGGGCUACAGUCCCUCCGCUGCCCCUUAUGCAGCGCAUCUCUUUACAGGUACGACGAACUUUGGGCCGAAAUGGACAAGCAGAUCGCGGACACUCCGAUGCCAAUGGAGUAUCAGAAGACGGCUUGCGGCAUCGUCUGCAACGAUUGCCAGCAGUCCUCCUCUGUGCCGUUCCACGUUUUAGGACACAAGUGCCCCGUGUGCUCAUCUUACAACACCCGCCGCGCGUAG